UGCCAAGGAUGACGACCAGCAGCCUCCACAUCAUUCGGUACACCAAGCUCUGCGACUGGGCCGCGCUGCGCCGAGCGCUCGAGAAGGCGCUGCCCGAGCACCUCGAGGUCCGCGACGAGUACGGCAUGUUGGCGCUACAUUGGGCCGCGACCGAGAAGAAUAUCCCUGUCGGUAUGCUCGAUGUGCUCCUGGAUCUGUACCCGGACAGCGCCAAGGUGCUCUCGACGGCCGGGUACCUUCCGCUGCACUUGGCCAUCAUGGCGGGCGCGUCCAUGGCGCGCGUGCAGCGCUACAUCGCCGCGUACCCCCAGGGCAUUACGACGGUCGCGCCGUCGGGGCACUCGGCCUUUGAGCUCUGGGAGACCAAGAUUCGCCUCGAUACGCGCACGCUCAAGCGCGGCGAGGGGCUUCAUAGCGCGCAGUCGGCGCUCGUGUGGGGCAAAGCCAUGAUCAGCGAUCUCCUCAAAGUGACGCCGCAGAGCCCGUGCCUGCGGCGGCGGCGCGCCGACGACCCGGUCCGCGAGUGGGACUGGGGCGACGUCCAAAAGCGCCUUGCGCUGCACGGCCCAGAGAUUGCCCGCGAGCGCGACGACCGUGGGCGACUGCUGCUCCACGGCGCCAGUCGCGCGCCCAUCGAGGUCUUUGACUCGAUUUUGCGCGCCAACCCGCAGGCCGUGCGGGCCAAGACGCGGUCGGGCUUGUUGCCGCUGCACAUGGCGGUGCGUCAGCACGCGUCGCCGCGCCGGCUCCAGCGACUCAUUGACGCGUAUCCUGCAAGUCUCCACGAAGCGACGUACAACGGCGACACGCCGCUCGAUUGGGCCGAUCGCGUGCUCUUGGACCCUCUGGCGAUGGAAGUGCUGCAAAAAGGCCAGCGCGCGCCACUGUGCAAGCCGCCGGCCGACUAG